AUGUUGGGACCAAUUUGUCCAACAGCUAUUGCUUAUUCUAUCGGGAGACACACUAUCAAAACAGGUUUGUUACAACAUGUACUAGGUAUAUCACCUCUAUCAAGACUACAUGUGUUAACUAAAAGAUAUGUGUCUAGUGAAAUUCAAGCUAAAGAUCAACAAGCAGGUGAAUCAAACACAGCUACAGACACAGGUGUGAUCCAUAAAACAGAAAGAGAAACUUUAAUCUAUUUCCACAACAUAUAUGCAGGAGAAAUGUCCAUUUGGAAUCCUAUGCUAUGGUUCAAUUCUUUGUUUGUUGACCAAUCUAGAGAUGCAAUUAGAUCAAGAAUAAAGAACCUGGCUAGUCCUGAAACAAAACCUAUUGAUGGAUUGGAAUUGCGUUCUACCAUCCCAGUUAAAAGAGAUGGUGGUGUAUUUGCCACUUUUUUGGUACCUUAUAGAUACACUUUAGCUGAAGUUAACUCAAUGAUUCAGCAAAACACCACAAGGGAAUCCUCCAAGAGUAUCUUUUCAUACUUCACAAAAGUCUCUGCUUUUCCAGUGAAAGGUUCUCCAUGGAUUGAAGAUUUAAAAAGACUACCUAAUAAGACUAUAAAAAUAAAAUUCCAAGGUCCUAUUUUAACUGAAGAGGAAAUUUAUUUGUUGUUUAGAAGAUAUGGAAAAAUUGUGGAUAUUUAUCCUCCCAAAAAAGGUGAAUCUGUUGCAGUACUAAAAUAUGAUUCAUAUAGAGGUUCGAUUUGUGCUAAAAAUUGUGUCUCUGGUAUUGAAAUUAAUAAUACAGUGUUGCAUAUACAGUAUGAAGCCGUUGUUAAGACCCCUUUCAUUACAAAUUUUUUCGUCAACCACACAAGAAUUGCAAUCCCUGUAUUCAUUGCACUUCUUUCUAUUGCUGCAGUUUUAAUAUUUGAUCCAAUCCGCGAAUUCUUUAUUGAACAAAAAAUCACUCACAAAUAUUCAUUAUCUAAGGAUAACAUCUGGAUUAAAAAAAUUAUUAAAUUUACUGAUUCAACAGUUAAUCAAUUUACUAAGUAUUGGUCAAGUGAUGAAAGGAAUCACCCAAUUGUCCAUCUUUGGGGUGAAAGGAUGGAAAGGGUUGAGGAUUUGAAAAUGUGGUUAGAGGAAAACACAAACACUUUUGUUAUCAUCAGAGGUCCGCGUGGCUCAGGUAAGCGUGAACUUGUAAUGGAACAUACUUUAAAUGAAAGAAAUAAUAUUUUGUAUUUUGAUUGUGACAAAAUUAUUAAGUCAAGAACUGAUUCAAAGUUCUUGUGGAACGUUGCUAAUGAAAUAGGUUAUUUCCCAAUAUUUCCAUGGGUGAAUUCAUUUACUAGUAUUAUUGAUUUAAUGGUUCAAGGUUUGACUGGUCAAAAGACUGGGUUGUCUGAAUCUAAAGAAACACAAUUCAGAAAUAUACUUACCACGUCUAUUAUGUCCAUCAAAAGAAUUGCCUUAAAGUAUUAUAAGCCAAUAAUAACAGAAGGAAAUGAAAAGAUCAACAUUAAAGAAGAAGAUUAUUUGCAACAGCAUCCAGAAGCCAAACCUGUUAUUGUAAUUGAUAGAUUUGCUGGUAGUUCAGAUAUAAAUGGAUUUAUAUAUAAAGAACUAGCAGAUUGGGCUGCAAUGUUAGUGCAAAUGAAUGUUGCUCACGUCAUAUUCUUAACUGAAAAUGUGGCUUCCGAUCAAAUUUUGUCAGAGUCAUUCCCAAAUCAAGUUUUCAAAACAUUAAUAUUAUCUGAUGCGUCAAAAUCCAAUGCUAAAAAUUAUGUAUUAUCUCAAUUACAAGAUAAAACUAGAAAUGGGAAUAAUUAUAUUACUAAAGAGACUUCUAAUGGCGAAUUAAAUUCUCAAAUUAUUGCUGAGAUUGAUGAAGCAUUGGAUCCUUUAGGAGGUAGAAUGCUUGAUUUACAAGCAUUUGUUAGGAGAGUUAAAUCAGGUGAGGAUCCAUUGAAAGCUUUAGAAAAAAUGGUUGAACAAGCUUCUGAACAAAUCACUCAAAUAUUUUUAAGUGAUAAAAUUGAUGGGGUCAAGAGUGCACAGGCCUGGGAAUUAAUUGAGAUGUUGAGUACGAAACCUGUAAUUUCAUAUAGUGACAUCGUUUUCAAACCACUAUUUAAAGCUGCGCCUGAAUUAGGAAUUAUGGAAUUAGAAAAAAAAGGUCUUAUUACAGUGUCAAGAGAUCGUGGUGUUUUCCAAGAAAUUCGUCCAGCUAGACCAUUAUUUAGAGCUGCAUUCAAUUAUUUGGUAAAUGAUGCUCAGUUAUCUACUGUUUUAAAGACAAGAUAUUUAUUAAGGGUUGUUGCAUUUGAAACUAAACGAAUUCAAAAAUGGGAGGAAGAGUUAUUUCCACUCAAUAAUCUUAUGGAUCAAAAACCAUUCAAAGCUAGAUUGGAUUAUCUUUCUGGGAAGAUUAAAUUAAGUAGCGCAGUUAUUGAUAAAUGUGAAAGUGAGAUAAAAGAAUUGUCAAUGAAGAAAUGA